UCCUACAAAUACGUACUUAGCUUUGCUUAAUUUCUCUUACACAAACACAGACACAGACAGAAACUCGAAUCCAAACAAAACAAUGGCGAAAAGACAAACUUUUGCACAGAGCUGCGCAGAGCCCUUCCCUCACACUUGACUUGGACACACAAUUUCAAUUUGUGGCCGACAUCAACUCUCUCUCCUCCCUCUCUCUCUCUCUCUCUCUCUCUCCACGCUCUUUUCUCCAUUCCCAUUAUUAUUACACAGCAGUUCUUAUUUCAUCAACGAAUCAAAUUCAUCGACGGUUUCUGCAGCACAAUUUGUAUAUCUAUAUCUAUAUAUAUAUAUAUUUAUAGAUAUAUAGAUUGGGAAUUAGCUGUAGGUUCUGGAAUGCUUGCCGUGUCGCCAUUGAGGAAUCCGAACAAUGGAACGGAAAACGCGUCGGAAGGUUUAUUUGGAAUGGACCUGUCGCUCGACGCCAUUGAUUUCGAGGACCUCUUCGCCGGAAUCGACGAAGAAAUGCUGCCCGAUUUCGACAUCGACGCCGACCUUCUUACCGAGUUCUCGCUCGACAUCGACAUCGACAUCGAUGCCGCCUCCUCAAUUGCACAAAUUCCGACCUCAGCUUCCGACACCAUAUCCGAGAAUUUAACCACCGCCUCAAAUCCAGACGAUGAAAAACCCUAUGUUGCAUCCAACUCGAAUUCGGGUUCGGAUCUCGGGUCGUCCUGCAGCCCGGUUCCUGGAGAAGAAACUGUGGACGAACCCGUCGGAAUUAAAGACCCGUCGCCGCCUAAGCGAGUAGAUAAAAGAAAAAAAUCUCCGUCGUCGUCGUCGGCGGCGGCGGCGAACUCCAAAAACCCCUCCGGGAAGAAGAAACCCAAGGUGGACUGGACGCCGGAGCUUCACCGAAGAUUCGUGCAGGCGGUGGAGCAACUAGGGUUGGACAAGGCAGUCCCGUCGAGAAUUCUUGAGGUCAUGGGAAUUGAUUGCCUCACCCGCCAUCACAUUGCCAGCCAUCUUCAGAAAUACAGGUCCCACCGGAAGCAUUUGCAAGCCCGGGAAGCCGAGGCGGCGAACUGGGGCCGCCGCCGGCAGGCGUACGGCGGCGCCGGGAAGGGAAAUCUUGACACGUGGAUUUUACCCACAAUGGGAUUCCCACCCGUGACACCACCACCCCCACCAAUGCCUCAUUUCAGGCCCCCCUUGCACGUGUGGGGCCAUCCAUCCGUCGACCAAUCACUGAUGCACACGUGGCCUAAACACGUCGCCCCUCCGCCACACACUUGGCCUCCUCCGCCGCCGCCGCCGCCCGGCGACCACCCCUUCUGGAUUCCCCACCACCACCACAUUCCGACGACGGGGACGCCGUGCUUCCCGCCGCCCCUGCCGCCGGCGGUUCCCGGCGGAAUACCUCCUCCGGUGGUGUACAAGGUGGAGGCGACGGCGACGGCGAGCCAUCGGCAGGAACUGCCGCGCCCUCCGGCCGAUGUUCACCCGUCAAAGGAGAGCGUGGAUGCAGCCAUCGAAGAUGUUCUGUCGAAGCCAUGGCUGCCGCUGCCGCUAGGACUGAAGCCCCCGGCGGUGGACAGCGUCAUGCUGGAACUGCAGCAUCAGGGGAUAUCCAAUGUGCCGCCUCCGAUCAUCCAAAAUAUGGCCUAAUUAAUUAACUGAUCCAUGAUAUGAUCCAAUAUAUAUAUAUAUAUGUUUUGAUCAUGAGAAGAUUAACUUCCUUCGUGAAAAGGCAUUGGAGACGACGAUCAAAAUUAUGAACAGGCGACUAAUUAAACUCGACGACAUGAAAAAUUCGAUCAAGAAGUGUAAAUGAAUUCAUUUUUAUUAUAAUUCUUGAUGGACAUUAUGAAUUAGUA